CACCCUCUUCGUCUUCCACUCUAACAGAAACAGAUCGCAAAUUCGCCUCUCUGUUCUUGGCUUCAUCGUCGGCAAUGGCUGAUUCCUUCGGCGAAAUAGGGGGUUACACUGAACUGUAUGUCAAGAUUCUUCUUCUCGAAGAAUUGAUGGAAACCACCAGAAACAAUAUCAAGAAAUUGAUGGAAGAGUCACGGCAGGAGGGAACGGCGGAUGAUCUGAAAGAGGCAGCUAGAGAUAACAACGAGAAAUUAGAAGAUUUCAGCCAGAAGUUUCUUGAAUUCAAGAAAGAUUUCGUCUAUCAGGCACCCGCUCUUUCGGAGUUGGAAACGUAUCGCAAAAGAUUUCAAGAAUUCACGGAUGAUCUCAAUGGAAUCGAUCAGAGGGUCAGAGGAAAUCUUCUGGUAUUAGAGGUUAUUCAGGAGCCCACGGAGGUCAACGAAGCGGAGGAAGAACAGCACCGGUCGCCGGAUCUUCUCGAAACAAAGGAGCCUCAAGCGUCCAGUGAUGCAGCCGGUCAAGCUGUGUUUGGGAAUCUAGGGGAAAAUACUUUGCUCCAACCCGAUGGGCAGGCGAUGGAAAAGUUUUAUCAUAAGAAAAUUCAAGAAAAGGCGCCUGCGAGUAGGUAUGGCAAACCACCGUCACCUCCAAAGAAUCCAACACGGAAACUGAGUCUUGCGGCGGCGGCGGCGGAGGUGAGGAUCGAGGGAAAGAAGAAAAUGCAACCGUUCAAUCUGUUACCAUCAGGUGCCAAUUGGAAUUUGUGUGAUACCAUGAUGGAUAUGUAUGGAUUUGUACUUAAAGAGGCACAAGAAAUAGAGAUGCAAGUUGCUAAGGCAUUUACCCAGAAUCCAUACCAAGGUAUUGGUUCCUCCAUUGGGGAAAGGUUAUUGGAUUGGAAAGGUGUGUGGAAAGUGAAGGAAACGUUGCAAGAGUCCAAGUCUAAGAGUGAGAGAGUUCAGAGUUUGAUUCCAGGAUUGUUGAAGAUCUGGAUUUUCCGUGUGGAGAAUCAAAUGUAUAAUCUUGUUCUUUAUCUCCGCUCUAUCAUGUUAGGGUAUCAAGCAGCAAUGGCAAAGUUCCAGCAACUGAGAAAUUCCUGUGGAGAACAUAAACGGAGAAACAAUGAGAAGGUGCCGAUUAUUGUACACAGGAUCGUUGGAUUGCUGGAAAUGCAGGUGCCAGGGGGGCAGUCGGAGUUGAACAGAUAUCAGCAGGAAGCAUUGUAUAAAAAUUGUGGUUUUGAUCGGGUGAUUGGUUCAUUUCAUUUGAUGAUUUUGCAAUUGACAUCUCUGCUGGAUGUUUCUGGGGAUGCUAAUAAUGCAAGAAGAAUAAGUCCAAAUGUGGUGGAGAGAUGUGAGCAAGAGUUAGGGAAACUUGAGGGGGAAUUGAAUGGAAUUGAGAGGAGGAUUAUGAAAGGAAAGGAGAAUGUUCAGAAAAAGAGGAAAAGGGAGGAUGAAGUUGGUGGGAACGGGAGUGGGAGGGGGAGUGGGAGCUUGAAAAUGGGAGAGAAGGGUAGGGGAAAGAUGGUAUGGAGGGACUAUUGAUUUACAUGCUGUACUUGGCUGAUAGGUGUGAUGGUGUUGCAGACUUGAGGGAAAAAGUUGAGUUUGGUCAUUUUUUGGAUGUGGACUUGGUCUAAGGAAAAGAGGGCCAAGUUUGUAUGUUACCAUGACAUUCUACAAUGAUAAUAAAGAGUUCUUGUUUUG